AUGGCUGAGGCUGCAGGUGCCGCUAGCACCAACCCUAACGCAGAGAUUGUAAGGGGACAAGUCUUUGAAGUUGGCCCCAGAUACACCAACUUACAAUACAUUGGCGAAGGGGCUUAUGGCAUGGUGGUAUCCGCCUUCGACAAUGUGAAAGUAACAAAAGUCGCCAUCAAGAAAAUCUCUCCGUUCGAGCACCAGACAUAUUGCCAGAGGACACUACGGGAGAUAAAGAUCCUCACCCGAUUUAAGCACGAAAACAUCAUAGAUAUUCGGGACAUUUUAAGAGCAGAGACUAUAGACCAAAUGAAGGACGUAUACAUCGUUCAAUGCCUGAUGGAAACCGAUCUAUAUAAACUGUUGAAAACUCAGAAACUUAGCAACGAUCAUAUCUGUUACUUCCUGUACCAAAUCCUGCGAGGUUUGAAAUACAUCCACUCCGCCAAUGUUCUACACAGGGACCUGAAACCCUCUAACCUACUACUUAAUACCACCUGUGAUUUAAAGAUUUGCGAUUUCGGUCUGGCGCGCGUGGCCGACCCGGACCACGACCACACGGGCUUCCUCACGGAGUACGUCGCGACCCGCUGGUAUAGGGCGCCGGAGAUAAUGCUCAACUCUAAGGGUUACACCAAGUCGAUCGACAUCUGGUCGGUGGGAUGCAUCCUGGCGGAGAUGCUCUCCAACCGGCCGAUAUUCCCCGGCAAGCACUACCUCGACCAGCUGAACCACAUCCUAGGCGUGCUCGGCUCGCCUAGUCAGGAGGAUCUGGACUGCAUCAUCAAUGAAAAGGCGCGCGGAUAUUUGGAGUCGCUGCCGUACAAGCCGCGCGUGCCGUGGGCGGAUCUCUUCCCGGGCGCGGAUCCUCGCGCUCUGGACCUGCUGCAUCGCAUGCUCACCUUUAAUCCGCACAAGCGGAUCACCGUCGAGGAGGCGCUCGCCCACCCCUACCUCGAGCAGUACUACGACCCCAACGACGAGCCCGUUUCGGAGGAACCAUUCCGGUUCGCGAUGGAGCUAGACAAUUUGCCGAAGGAAACUCUGAAGAAGUACAUAUUCGAGGAAACCCUGCUAUUCAAGCAACAGAACGAGGGCGCG